AUGGCGAGGAAGUCCAAAGCGAGGGGAGGUCCGCAUGUGACGGUCAGCUGGAGGCGUCCCGGCUCCAACAAGUGGCAGAAAUUUGAGGAUCGUGUGGGGCGCGCCAUCCUUGCGGCCAGCAUGUCGGGACAGGCGACUUUCCAGCUGGACGAGUACGUGCGAAGGUCGCCGCGACUCAUAUCAAAGCAGAGGGACGUCACAGCGGACCGCGUGCGCGCCUCCCGCAGGUCCAGAAAGAAGGCUAAACACGAGAACCUUGUGCUGACGCUCAGGACAUCCCAGGACGGGUCCGAUCCGGCGUCGAACGUCUCGGGACGCGCCGUCCGCUGGGGCUUCUCUUCGACGUGCACCUUCGACCGGCUGCCCAACACUGCGCGCGCGCUCGCGGAGAUGAUCGCGAAGUGCGAGGCGGCGAAGAAGCGACAGGUUCUUUCGGAGCUGCUGAACAAUGCUACGUCUGAGGAUCGCAUCAGCAGAUUCCUCUCUGAAACAGAUUUCAGCCAGCCCGUCCAGUGGUACUCACAGUCGGAACCUGUAACGAGAACGGGCACCCUCCGGGUGUCGCAAGUCGCUGUAAACGAGCGUGCGCGGCCGGGCGGCGGGCUGUACGAGCGGUUCCUGGACGCAAUGGCGGGGCACGUGUCGAAACUGGGAGGCAGGUCCCCCUGGAUCCCUCCUGGAUUUGACAAGAAAGAACAAUGUUCCACCGUGAUUGAGCAAGGAGGUGCGCUCCGAUCGCUGAUGGGCUGCGACCGCCACAUCAUGGCGCCGCUCACCUUCGCCUUCCACGGCACUCCUCCCCCCAACGUUCCGUCCAAUCUUGGAACACGGAAUGCUGCCGGAAAAGAGGGUAGCCGCCGGAGACUGGUUUGGGACGUUGCCAUCCAUUAG